AUGGAUCCUUCCGGCUACGGCUCGAAAUCGCAACAAAACAUCCCUCCCCUCUUACCAUUGACACAACUAGGCACGCUCACGUAUGCUGACGCGAAUUCUGGUGGUCAGCCUAUCAAGAUCGAAAUCAAUGGCACCAUAGACAAAGGAUUCUUCCUCGCGGACAACGAGUGGACUUGUUACAGGCGAAACUAUUUCUCCUGUGUCUGCUCGUACAACCUCACACCAUAUUACCCAAAUUCGGUCAUGCAGUGGACCGACAGUGCCUCACAGCAGACGUAUCGAGUGUAUGGGUUCGCCAUGAGCAUCUCAGCUCUUGUAGCGGACAGCGAAGGGCACACCAUCGAGCUCGUGCAGCAUACGCCGAAGCGAGACAAAGGCCCGAUCGCCGCGCCAGAUAAAGUCCGCUUGAACCCCAAGCCACCACAGGCGCAACACCAUCCACUCAACCAUUUUGGGCAGCCCGAUAUGGGAAUGGCGGGAUCCUCCAGAAUGUAUGAGCAAAGUGGCGGUUACGGAGCCCAGCAAGGAUCUCUACCCAUUGAGCAUACUUUCGAGCGAAUCCAGUUCAAGCAAGCAACAGCCAAUAACGGCAAACGACGAGCAGCACAGCAGUACUACCACCUCAUGGUGGAACUUUACGCAGAUAUUGGCCCUCAGGGGAACGAUCAGUAUAAGAAGAUAGCCUACCGGAAGUCAGAGAAGAUGAUAGUGCGCGGCCGAUCGCCUGGUCAUUAUCAGUCGGAAAGAAGAGGGAGUACAAGCAGCGGUCCCGGUGGCUCAGCAGGGAGCAUGGGCGGUUACGCCGGAUCACAGGUGAUGGGAGGUGACUAUGGAGGACCGAACUCUGGUCUUUUAGGUGGCGGGUACGCUGCCCCAUAUGACACGCGGAAUACUGGCCACUAUAGGACCCACCACGAACUGCCCGGGGAUCCCAUGCUCACAGCGGAUGAUGCAAAGGCGAUCAGCGAGCCAAAAGAGUACCAAUACUAUCCUCACGCCAUUUAUGAGAACAACCAGGACCCGCGACAGAACCCAGUCGAGAUGUUCCCAUCUCAAAGAAAUGAGCCAGCCACCACACUACCCCAUAUGGCAAGCGGAUUAGACUACGCCUCCAAGACCAAGUCGGAGUACGAUCAAGUGCUCCCGAGUCUGUUCUACCCGGGCCAAGCCUAUCACCAAAGAGGGUGCGGUAGAUUCGAGGGCAAAUCAAGCUCUGGUGGAUAUUAUCCUGCUGCAGCGAUGAUCCAUCCGCCGACUUCGUCUGGCAUGAAUAUGACCUAG